GUGAACUCAGGAUACAGACUGCCUUACUUGAGAGAUGGGGCCACUUUAUAUCUUUCUCUUGCUUCUCUGCAAAAUCUGCGAACAGCUUAAUUGUGUCAAAGCCUUAGAUAUUAUUCAGGAAACUGGAAUUAGGACAGCUAAAGUUGGAGAAUCUGUGACCUUACGCUGCUCCUGUCAACAUAAUGCUGUAACUUACCUUUUUUGGUACCAGCAAAGCCUGGGAGGCAAACCUCUUAUCAUAUCAAAGCGGAUGAAGUACAGCACAGAAAUCCUGAUCUCCCCAGCAUAUGAAAACCGAUUUCAAGUUGUUGGACAGCCAGCAGUCAACAAUUUGAUAAUUACAAAUCUUCAGCCCUUGGAUUCAGGGAUGUAUUACUGUGCAAUUUUAGAAUUUAAUGGCAUUGAAUUUGGACGAGGAAUUUUCCUCCAUGUCAAGACAUCCUUGUCAAACACACAAAUGUCCAUCCAUCAACCAGGAUUUAAGGUUCUGAGACUUGGAGACUCCGUGAAUCUGAGCUGUAGCGUGUCUGCUGAGGACUCUAAAGGAGAACAGAGCAUCUACUGGUUCAGACGUACUGCCUCCCAACCUGAACUUAUGUAUACCAGUGAAAGACGCUGUACAGGCCUUUCAGAUGGAACACUUUAUAGUAUAAAUUGCACUUCCAACCUCGAGCUGAAUCCUGUCAGGUUCUCAGAUGCAGGGACGUACCACUGUGCCCUGGCCUCCGGCGGGGCGGUUGUUUUUGGAGAGGGAACGAAGGUGGAGAUUUUAGUGCCUCCUCCUCUCCUGGUGUACUGCCUAAGUGUGGCUCUUAUACUUUCCAUCCUUGGGCUCCUUGUUUUGUCUUUCCUGAGGUACAAACUUAAAUCCAAACUGUGCUCUUCCUGCAAAGGGUCGGGUAAACACAUGAUGUGUUCUGAGGCCCUAAACGCCACUCAGGAAAAUGCUACAGAAAGUCUCCAUUAUGCUGCUCUGAAUCUAAAGAGGGGUGUAGAAGGACAGCGGCAAGAGGAGAACGUUGACAGUGCUUGUGUGUACUCCAGAGUAAGAAGCAGAAAAGAAUAAAGCACUUCCUCCAUGUCUGACCCUUAAGGAAGAAAAACAACCAUACACGUGAAUGAAAUUUAAUGUACAAAAAUGUUAAAUAAAAAUAAAAUAAAUAAUA